UCCCGCAGACAACCCGGACCUCCCCUGGGCGCCAGCAACUCGGCUCCAACCCGUCCUGAAACAAGCCUGAUUUUUUUUUUUUUUCUUUCUGGAAAUUGGCUUUGGUGUGUCGCCUCCCUCUCUCCCUCCUCCCCCUCCCAGAUCCUUUUUUUUUUUUUUUUUUUUUUUUUUUUCCUGAGACAUGGCCCGGGCAGUAGCUCUUGGAAGAGGAACAAGUGUGGGAAAAGGGAAAGGAAACCGGAGCUAAAUGACAGGAUGCAGGCGACUUGAGACACAAAAAGAGAAGGGUUUCUCUGGGAUCCAGGCACUGCCUCGCUGCCUCGCAGCUUCCCAAGACGCGCAGAGGAUUUGGACCGCUGUGCUGAGCUGCGCGCCGACUUGGAGCGCUCGGGAGAGUGGACCUUGCCCGUCCUCGCCGCGCUCUUCCCCAGCCCCGCACGAGCCUCUCCCGCCCGCCGUCGCCCCCGGAGCCCCGAGCGGCCGGCCGAGGAGGAUGGAGAGGAAGCUGCCGCUGCUCUGCGCCGCGCUGCUCCUCGCCCUCGCCCGGGCCAGCGCUCUCCGCGGAGAUAAAUGUGGCGGGACUAUAAAAAUCGAAAGCCCUGGGUACCUUACAUCACCAGGUUAUCCUCACUCUUACCACCCAAGCGAAAAAUGUGAGUGGCUGAUACAGGCUCCAGACCAAUAUCAGAGAAUCAUGAUCAACUUCAACCCUCACUUCGAUUUGGAGGACAGAGACUGCAAGUAUGACUACGUGGAGGUUAUCGAUGGAGAGAAUGAAAAUGGCCGUCUAUGGGGAAAAUUCUGCGGGAAGAUCGCCCCUUCUCCUGUGGUAUCCUCAGGACCCUUUCUCUUCAUCAAGUUUGUCUCUGACUAUGAGACACACGGGGCAGGAUUUUCCAUCCGCUAUGAAAUCUUCAAGAGAGGCCCUGAAUGUUCUCAGAACUAUACAGCACCCACUGGAGUGAUCAAGUCUCCCGGAUUCCCUGAAAAAUACCCCAACAGCCUUGAAUGCACUUAUAUCAUCUUUGCCCCGAAGAUGUCCGAGAUUAUCCUGGAAUUUGAAAGCUUUGACCUGGAGCCAGAUUCAAAUCCUCCAGGGGGUGUGUCUUGUCGCUAUGACCGGCUAGAGAUCUGGGAUGGCUUUCCUGAUGUUGGCCCUCACAUUGGUCGUUACUGUGGACAGAAAACACCAGGGCGGAUCCGCUCCUCGUCCGGCAUUCUAUCCAUGGUGUUUUACACGGACAGCGCAAUAGCAAAGGAAGGAUUCUCAGCGAACUACAGUGUCUUGCAGAGCACUGUCUCUGAAGAUUUCAAAUGUAUGGAGGCUCUGGGUAUGGAAUCUGGAGAGAUUCAUUCUGACCAGAUCACCGCGUCUUCACAGUACAGUACAAACUGGUCUGCAGAGCGCUCUCGCCUGAACUACCCUGAGAACGGGUGGACACCCGGGGAAGACUCUUACAGGGAAUGGAUUCAGGUGGACUUGGGCCUCUUGCGUUUCGUCACUGCUGUCGGGACACAGGGAGCCAUUUCCAAGGAAACCAAGAAGAAAUAUUAUGUCAAGACUUACAGAGUAGACAUCAGCUCCAACGGGGAAGACUGGAUCACCAUGAAAGAAGGAAACAAACCCAUUAUCUUUCAAGGAAACACCAACCCCACUGACAUUGUCUUUGGAGUUUUCCCCAAACCACUGAUUACUCGAUUUGUCCGGAUCAAACCCAUGACCUGGGAAACUGGCAUAUCUAUGAGAUUUGAAGUUUAUGGAUGCAAGAUCACAGAUUACCCUUGCUCUGGAAUGCUGGGCAUGGUGUCUGGACUGAUUUCUGACUCCCAGAUUACAGCUUCCAACCAAGGAGAAAGAAACUGGAUGCCAGAAAACAUCCGCCUUGUCACCAGUCGCUCGGGCUGGGCACUGCCACCCACACCCCACCCAUACGUCAACGAGUGGCUCCAAGUGGACCUGGGCGACGAGAAGAUAGUGAGGGGAGUCAUCAUCCAGGGUGGAAAGCACCGAGAGAACAAGGUGUUCAUGAGGAAGUUCAAGGUUGGCUACAGCAACAAUGGCUCUGACUGGAGAAUGAUCAUGGAUGAGAGCAAGCGCAAAGCCAAGUCUUUUGAGGGCAACAGCAACUACGACACACCAGAGCUCCGGACGUUUCCACCUCUCUCCACGCGAUUCAUCAGGAUCUACCCCGAGAGGGCCACUCACAGUGGACUCGGGCUGAGGAUGGAGCUGCUGGGCUGUGAAGUGGAAGCUCCUACAGCUGGACCCACCACUCCCAAUGGGAACCUGGUGGAUGAGUGUGACGACGACCAGGCCAACUGCCACAGUGGAACAGGUGAUGACUUCCAGCUCACAGGGGGCACAACUGUGUUGACCACAGAAAAGCCGACGUUAAUAGACAGCACAAUCCAAUCAGAGUUUCCAACAUAUGGUUUUAACUGUGAGUUCGGCUGGGGCUCUCACAAGACAUUCUGUCAUUGGGAACAUGACAGUCACGCACAGCUCAAAUGGAGUGUGCUCACCAGCAAAACAGGACCCAUUCAGGAUCACACAGGAGAUGGCAACUUCAUCUAUUCCCAAGCUGACGAAAAUCAAAAGGGCAAAGUAGCUCGGCUGGUGAGCCCAGUGGUUUAUUCCCAGAGCUCUGCCCACUGCAUGACCUUCUGGUACCACAUGUCUGGCUCUCAUGUGGGCAUGCUGAGGGUCAAGCUACACUACCAGAAGCCUGAGGAGUAUGAUCAGCUGGUCUGGAUGGCCAUCGGGCACCAGGGAGACCACUGGAAAGAAGGACGUGUCUGGCUGCACAAGUCUCUGAAACUAUAUCAGGUGAUUUUUGAGGGUGAAAUCGGAAAAGGAAACCUUGGUGGGAUUGCAGUGGAUGACAUUAGCAUCAACAACCACAUUUCACAAGAAGACUGUGCGAAACCGGCAGACCUGGAUAAAAAGAGUACAGAAAUUAAAAUUGAUGAAACAGGGAGCACCUCAGGAUAUGAAGGGGACGGGGAAGGUGACAAGAACAUCUCCAGGAAGCCUGGGAAUGUCCUGAAGACACUGGACCCCAUCCUCAUCACCAUCAUCGCCAUGAGCGCCCUAGGAGUGCUCCUGGGUGCCGUCUGUGGGGUGGUGCUCUACUGUGCCUGUUGGCACAAUGGCAUGUCCGAAAGAAACUUGUCUGCCCUGGAGAACUAUAACUUUGAACUUGUGGACGGAGUGAAGUUGAAAAAAGACAAACUGAACACACAGAGCAGCUACUCGGAGGCAUAAAGGCACAGAUGUGGAAGGCGCGCGGGAGGACUGAGGUGGACGGCGCAGUGGAGCGUGCUGGCGCCUCGGUCAGUCCGCUUUCACUGUAAGCUGGGAAGUGCGUUGAUGACGCCAAGCCAGGCUUUUCUCAGGAGCUUCAAUGAGUAUCGCCGACAGACGUGGACAGGUGACUGCAGUAACAACUGGAAUCAUGUACAGUUGGCUUAAUUUGGAUAAUCAGAUGCUGGUGUUGAGACCAAGUGUGAUGGACUUAAUGAACCACCCCCACCUUCUUUCUCUCUCUCUCCUCUUCCUAUGAGGGAUUCUGCUCAGAAACUAUAAAAUCCAAGAUGCUGGCACCAAGCUUUGUGCAGCGGUCCCUUCAGUGUCCAGAAUACACUAGCAACCAUAUUUCAGGGGAGCCCUGCAAUUGGUCCUGUGCGUCAUCACCUGCCCUGUGCAUAGGAAAAGAAGGGUUGUUUCAUUUUCAAAGUACCGUGGCCUCCAUACUGGAUAGUGUGUCAGCUCUGUUUACGAAGCAAUACUGUCAGAUUUUCUUGAUGUUUUCCCAGUGUUUUGCUGAAUCUCGUGUUUGUGACCUCCAUACCGAAAACAGUGCCAUCACAAAACUGCUGGCACCUGGGUGUCCCGCUGAUAAGCGCCACAAAAAGUCCUUGGCACUAGUUAGUCUACGUCUUCUCAAGUGCCUUUUGGUUUGUACUGGUUCCUUUAUGUCCCACUGAUGACCCACUCUGUUUCCUGCUGGUGAAAACCCUGCUCUUUAAUCAGACCUGGUGGCCCACUGACUAAGAAGAAAGUAUACUUUAGCGCGUGACGCCGGCCCCGGGAAGGCAAGGGCUCCGCAGAUUUGGCAACGUGGCUUAAUUGUUCUGCUUUUUCUGUAGUUCAAUAUCUUGUCUCUUGACCCUUUUGUAUAAAGCUGCAAUAUUCUCUCUCGUUCUUUCCUGCGGAAUGUAUUUUCAGAUGUAAACUCUUGGCUCUUUCUUCUCUCCUCUCUCUUUUUCUCUUUGUCUUUUUCCUUUCUUAGAAUUUAAGCAUUUGCCACUGUCCAGUAAAGAACCUUGCAGCUUUAACCUGCUGGCAAUGGCGAACAACUUUACUAGACUUAUGUCUUAAAAUCAGUAAGUAAGGAAAAUUGCUAACUUUGCCCUCCAAUGUCUAACUUUGGUUUUCUUGUUAACUGGUUAAGUGACAGUGUCUUUUUUCCUGAAGCCAUCUGUUUGUCUGUUCUCAUCAGAAUGGUGUUUGAUAAGUUAGGGAAGAAAUAAUGCCAACUGGCUUUCAAAUGAGACCCAAAGGAAGGACUGAAGAAAAUCUUCAAGUAUUUAAAAGAACAUACAACUUUUAUAUCCAAAUAUGCAAAAAUGACCCCUAAUAAUGUUUUUGUUUUGAUACUGAGUCAAAGGGAAUGGAAAGGACAGUAUAGUUAAGAAACAGUAAAUCCCAUGCCUGGGGUUAAAGAAUGUUAAGAUGUGGGGGAAGGGAUGCAUAAAGUCAAAACGGAUAUUUAAAAUAAUCCAUUCAGCAGAAACCCUGAAGAAGAAGAAAAAAUAGAUUUGAAUGACUGCUUCUAGAAACUUCCAAUGGCUCAUAGAGAUAAAAGCCUGCCUUGGUGCUGGCAAGACGUAAGCCUCAACAGCUCAGAGAGGUCAAUAGCUUACAGGCAGCAUGUGUAUUAACCCAAAGAAGCUUCAAGUUGGUGUAGCUCUGUCCUGCUGCGUUGUACAUAAGAAUCUCUCCCUUCCUAGGUUGCUAUAGGUCUCACUCAAAUACAUUUAUUGGGAAUCACAUUUGCCUCAUGGACAGAACAGUCCAUUCAUCUUGGUUUAAUUGGAUUGAGAAUGUCUCUUGGUUCCAGGAAAGUAUUGAUCACCAAGAAAGAAGAAUAGAUUUUUAUCCCGGGGGGCAUUCAUUUACUUUAUAAUCAUACCGGGAGAAAAGCAUUAAGCUUACUUUGUUUUUAAGGCAACGGACUUAAACAUUGUCCUCAGCCACGGUAAGCUGAUACUGCAACUUUAAAUUUUAAAGUACCUUGCACUGAUAAAUAUAUUUAAAAGUUAUAUGUUUAUAAAGUUAUUAAUUUGUAAAGGCAGUGUUACAAAAUGUUCAGUUUAUAUUGUUUUAGAUUGUUUCGUAAUUUUUAAAGGUGUAAAAUAACAUAUUUUUUUCUUUAUUGAAAUCUAUGAAACUUUCUGUAGUAAAAUGUUUUCAUUUUACUGGUAUAUUAUUGCUUCAUGUUUUGUACCAUCAUAAAAUUUUGUGCAAAAUUUUUUUUACAGAAAUUUUUAUUUUCUAUGAUGAUAUGACACUUGUAAAUUGUUGUUUCAAAAUGAACAGCGAAGCCUUAACUUUAAAUGACAUUUGUAUUCUCAAACUGAGUAGCAUAAAAACCACCUAGAAUGAACUAUAACUUAAAUUCAAACUCUGACUACCACAUUCCAAAGAAACAGUUGAAUUAAACAUUUUCAUAAAAAUCCCAAA